AUGAAUAAAUAUCUUUUGUCUGAAAGUAUUUUAAGAAAACUGAGGGAACAACAGAAUGCAGAUCGUGAUUUAUAUGCUCCAGUACGAAAUGAACCAAAACGAACACUUCUUCUUGUGGGACCAACACCUGCAGGCAAAUCAACUAUUUGUAAUACACUUCGAGAUAGUCUCUAUCAACCACCUAAGCCAACUAUGUAUUCAGUUACACGAAAUCCUGAGCCUCAACAAAUUAAUGGCCUUCGGAUUAUCGAUAUGCCUGGUUUUCAUGAUCUCACCGUAAAUACUACUACGUCAUCACUAACUAAUAAAACGAUUCUUCAAAUGUUAAAAGAACAACUGAAAACAAACUAUCCUGUUCAUCAUAUUGCCUUUGUUUUUAAUCUUUCAACUGGGAUCAAACAAGCAGAUAUUGAUGCCAUGGCUUCAAUUAAAUCAAACCUAUCUAAGUUUUCUGGAAGAACUAUGUUAGUAAUAACAUAUGCCGAAGAAUUAUCUGAUAAAGAUAAAAGUCGAUUGAUCGAAGAAUUUUUUGAUCAUCCGGAUGUUGUAAAACACAAUCUACGAGAUUUUUUCACAAAUGAAAUUUUUUUUCUUGGCUGUCUUCGAUAUGAAUCACUUCAACAAAAAUAUCCUGAAGUAUUAACUAAAGAACAUCAAAAUGUAAUAAAAAUGCGGAAAAAAUUUAUUGACAAAUGUUUUGAAGAAACUCAACCAUCUACCCAACAACGAUCCAACAAAGGGAAUGCGUUAUGGAAUAAAUCUAGUAUAUUUUUUAUAUUUCUUGCAAUUAUGACAUUGGCUAUUGCAAUCCUUGCAGCGUAUUAUAAAAUAUACCCAUGGAAACUUUCAGAAGUAAAUACAACGUCACCUACGCAUGAAUUUCAUAAUAAUGAUUCGCAAAAUGAUACAGAGCUCAGUCAAAAAUAUAUAAAUCAAGAAGAUGCUAACAAUAAAACAGAGCUGAACACUAUCCAUGACAAUACUCAGAAUAACGAACACAAGCAACCCACCAAUAUCGAUGAACCCGAUCAUAACUCUAACAAUACUGAAAUUGACAACUCACUGCUUGAAUCCAACUCUAGCAAUGUUGAACUUGACAUCGCACGGCUUGGACCUAACUCAAAAAUGGAUGCUAAAACGGACAAGACUCUACAGAUAGAGGGAAAUACGAACAUAUCAAGUAGUAUAUUGAAUGAGAGAGAAGAAAUGAAACGUCAUUUGGAUAAUCUUACAAAUAGUUUCUCGAAUGAGAUAGAAGAAGUAAAACGUCGUUUGGAUAAUCUUACAAAUAGUUUCUCGAAUGAGAUAGAAGAAGUGAAACGUCGUUUGGAUAAUCUUACAAAUAGUUCAAACAAGAUUGAACAUCCUGUAGAAACUAGUGAACUUACAUCUACAAAAAAUACAUCAUAG